AUGGAGAGCUUAAAUAAGACACAUCAAAGAGGUAUAACAAUAAAGAGCAGCGAAAUGGGUAAACACAAAGGAAACAGGAAGAACGAAUUCUUGAAAGAAAUUAAAAGAAUAAACUCAAUGAUUUGUGUAUAUGAUAAACAUAUAGACUCGUGUAGGAAUAAUAAAAAAGAGUUUUACCAUCAAUUGUCUGUACUGAUAGAUUAUGAUAACAUGGUAAAAAGAAAAUAUGAAAAUUACGAAAGGGAGUUAAAAGAGUUCAGUAAGGGUAAAGUAUACAUAAAUAAUGUUAAAGGUGAUAAUAGAAAAAGAAAUCAGAAUAUAAGUGAGCAUGCUAGGGGAGAUCGCGUAGAUAAAAUAGAACUCAAGGAAUGUAAGAAAAUUAAAAUGGAAUUAAAAAAAAGUAUAAGAGAGUUGAAAACUCAGAAACGUAAAUGUUUAAGUAAUUUAACAAAAUGGCAACUUGUUUAUAAUAUGAAGAGACAUAAACUAUGUAAAAAAAUAAUAAAGAAAUGUAUAGGGUGCACUGAGAAGAAACUAUCAGAAGGAAAAAACAUCCAAAAAACGUAUUCGUUAAAUUAUGAUGACAGAAAAAAUAGCAAUAUUAAUUUUUGUAGAGCGGACUCAGCUGAAGGUAGUAGAAGAAAUGGUGCUUCUUCUACCUACAUCGAUAAUAAAAGAUUAAAUCUAUUUAAGCAUGAACAUUUUCGAAAGAAGGAGCUAUUACUACUUUCACUUGAAGAAGGGAUAAAGAUGGGAAAACACAACUCGAACAGUGCAAGGGGAUUCAGCAGUCCUGCCAUUUGCUGUAGGAAAGGGGUGCAUAUGGAAAUGCCUAUUUCCAUCACAAUAAUUAGAGGGAUUAGAAGCACUGGCAGGGUUAGAAGCACUGGCAGAGUUAGAAGCACUGGCAGGGUUAGAAGCACUGGCAGAGUUAGAAGCACUGGCAGAGUUAGAAGCACUGGCAGAGUUAGAAGCACUGGCAGAGUUAGAAGCACUGGCAGAGUUAGAAGCACUGGCAGAGUUAGAAGCACUGACAGGGUUAGAAGCACUGGCAGGGUUAGAAGCACUGGCAGGGUUAGAAGCACUGACAAGGUUAGAAAUGUUAAAGAGGAGGAAGCCGUAAAAAUCGAAGCAAGCGAACAAACAGGAAUUACCACAAUUGGUGUGUAUGAACUAUCAAAUAUGCUUAAAGAAAAAGUUGAUGUAAAAUGUAAUGAUGAUGUAAGUGUAAUAAAGGAUUCGGAAGCAAAGAACUCUUUGAGCAUUUCACAGGCGGUUGUACAAGUAAGAGGGGAAGAAGUAGAAACAAAUACCGACAAGAACAACAAUAUAGAGGUACACGUCUAUCCAGUGAAAAGUGAAAAAGGUGAGUGUAUAGAUGAAAACAAAAAUGAAGACGGAAGGAAAGUAAACACAGUAACAAGAAAAAAUGAUGGAUGUGAACCCAAUGAAGUAAAGAAAAAGUACAUUACCACCAAUGGCUAUAAUAUCCAUCGAAAGGAAGAAAUUGAAGAUAAAGAAAAAUUAAAUAUUGUACCAUAUGUGCCAAAUGGACCAAUUACAUCAAGUGAUAUGACACUUAUUAACUAUGUAGAGAGGGCGAGCAAAUGUAAAAAUGGAAGUCAAAUAUUUGUAAGUGCAGAGAGGGAACAGGGAAUGGAAGGCAUUGAACAGAUAGAGGAGUUAAAGAAUAAUUGGGAUGAAAGCAUAAAUGAAAAAUUAGAAUCUCAGAUAAUAAACAUGGUUAACAGUACUCAGGAUGAAACAACCAAGUUCACACAAGUGAACAGAAACAACGACAUAGUGAAACCUCUCGUUCAACAAAAUAGAUCCAAUAUCAAAGGUGAAGAAGAGGGAGAAAUAAAAAAUGAAAAUUGUAAGAAUGAACAUAUAGAUUCUGAUAAUAAGAAUAUCAAAAUAUACACUUCAAAUGAUGAAGCGGUAAAUGGUAAGGAAACGGUAAAGCAGUCUUCCCAUAGGGUAUCGCCAAAAAAGAGUAAAAGAAAGAGGAAAAAACAUAAGGCGGGGGGAGCUGAAAAUAAGAUGGGAGAAGGGGAAGAUAAGGUGGGAGAAGGAGAAGAUAAGAUGAGGGAAGCUAAGAAUAAGGUGGAAGAAGAGAAAAAUAUGGCGGGGGGAGCUGAAAAUAGGAUGGGAGAAGAGGAGGAUAAGGUGGGGGGAGCUAAGAAUAAGGUGGAAGAAGAGAAGAAUAUGGCGGGGGGAGCUGAAAAUAGGAUGGGAGAAGGGGAGGAUAAGGUGGGGGGAACUGAGAAUAAGAUGAGUGAAGGGGAAGAUAAGGUGAGGGAAGCUAAGAAUAAGGUGGACGAAGAAAAAAAUAUGACGGGGGGAGCUGAAAAUAGGAUGGGAGAAGGGGAGGAUAAGGUGGGGGGAACUGAGAAUAAGAUGAGUGAAGGGGAAGAUAAGGUGAGGGAAGCUAAGAAUAAGGUGGACGAAGAAAAAAAUAUGACGGGAGGAGCAAAGGGUAAAGCGGGGAAAGUGAAGGAUAAGGCGGUUAAAACUAAGAAUAAGAAGGGAAGUACAGAUGCCCCAAUGGACACAACUUCCCAUGUGGAACGGAAGAAAAAAGAAUUCAAAACAGAUGGUGAAACAAAUUUGCAAAGUACGGAAACUGAAAAUGAAAUUGUCCACGAUAUAAUGAGUAAAUAUUCGCAGACACUACAGUACACGAGCUUUUUAGAUUAUAUUAAAAAUAAAAAGGAUCAAGCAUAA